UCUCACCACACUGCACCGUUUUUCAUACAUAAAAAGUUCUUCUUCAAGUUCUACGUGUAUUCUUACUGUAAAUAUAGCUGCAGCACAUACUGACUCUCUCAGAGAAGACCCUAAGAAAAAGCUCUCUUGUCAAUGCUUCUGCGCAAGUUUCUGCUGUAACUUUAGGGGAAAAUAUUCUGCAUAUUAACAGGGUUACUCACAAAAAUUGCUUGUUUAUUUAUUUUAUUAAUUAUUUCGUCAGUUUAUUUAAUUAAAGAUUAAGUGUAUUAAAUUAGAUAAAUUUUUAAAAAAUAGUAGGUAUAGGAUAGAAUACAUCACACGUUGUAUCUCCUCCUAUUCUUACCAGAGUGCGGAGUACUAAACUUCUAAUUAAAGAAUUCAUUGGGAAAUACGUAAAGUCAUCGGUUUCUUUUACAAUAAAAAUGCAAACAGCAAAUGGGCAUGGUAUUGAUUCGGGAUCAUCUGAGUUGAAUGGAAAAAUUAUUGAAUGGCUUCAAUGGGAUAAGAAUGAAACAACUUUAACGGAAAUUCAAAAAUUAGUUGAAGACUCUGAAUGGGAGAAGCUCAAACUUCUCCUUCUGACACGAUUGUCAUUUGGAACUGCUGGCCUCCGGGGUGCUAUGAGGGCUGGUUUUAAUGGUAUGAAUGAACUUGUUGUUCUUCAAACAGCCCAGGGAUUGCUUAAGUACAUUCAAGAGUGCUAUCCAUCGAUUGAGGAUCAAAAAAGGGGUGUUGUGUUUGGUUUCGAUGGAAGGCACCAGAGUAGACGUUUUGCCGAAAUAUCUGCAUCAAUUUUUCUCCAAGCAAAAAUCCCAGUUUUCUUGUACAGUAAAACUGUGGCCACACCAAUGGUGCCAUUUGCUGUGUUUGAGAAGAAAUGCCUAGCUGGUGUUAUGGUGACAGCUUCGCAUAAUCCCAAAAAUGAUAAUGGCUACAAAGUUUAUUGGACAAAUAGUGCACAAAUAAUUUCACCACAUGACAAAGGUAUACAAAAGUAUAUAAUGGCAAAUUUAGCACCUUGGCCAACAAGUUGGAAUGUUGAUCAACUAAAUUCCCCACUUCUAAGUGAUCCCUACGACGAAAUGUUUGCAUUGUACUUUGAGAAGUUGGCAAAAGUCAUUCCCAGCACUUUAAUUCACAAUUACAAUGCAAAGAGCCAUGUGAAGUUUGUCUAUUCAGCAAUGCAUGGUGUAGGGUGGCCAUUUAUUGAGAAAGCUUUCACCAUUGCUGCCCUUAACACUCCCAUUGCCGUGGUAGAGCAGCGGGAUCCAGAUCCGGAAUUCCCAACAGUACAAUUUCCAAAUCCCGAAGAGGGUAAAUCGAGUCUUGUACUUUCCAUAAAGCUCGCCAAUGAAUCACAGUGUGAUGUCAUCUUGGCCAAUGAUCCCGAUGCCGAUAGAUUGGCGUGUGCUGAAAAGAAUCCCGAAACGGGUGAAUGGAAGGUUUUCACGGGAAAUGAAUUGGGUGUACUGCUUGGAUGGUGGGCAAUUGAAUGCUAUAAGAAAGUUCAUUCAACGACUAAACUAAGUGAUUGCUAUUUGCUAACAAGUACAGUGAGUUCAAAGAUGUUAGCAGCUGUGGCACGAGCUGAAGGAUUGCAAUUUAUUGAGACACUCACGGGAUUCAAGUGGAUGGGAAAUAAAUCCGUGGAACUCAUUCAGCAGGGAAAAAAGGUUCUUUUUGCAUUUGAAGAAGCAAUUGGCUUUAUGUUUUCACCAACUGUACUCGAUAAGGAUGGUGUUAGUGCUGCAUGCCAUUUAGCCACAAUGGUAUGCUACUUAAAGCAAGAAGAGAAUAAGUCACUAAUGAAGAAAUUAGAGGAUCUCUAUCACAAAUAUGGCUAUCACUACACAAUAACAUCGUACUUUAUUUGCUAUGAUCCACAAGUUAUUAUUAAAAUCUUUGAGAGGAUUCGCAAUUUUUCCGGUGAAGGAACUUAUCCUACAUCAAUCCUCAAUGGGACGUAUCCAAUUAAAUAUGUGAGAGAUUUAACAACGGGCAUUGAUACAUCUCAACCAAAUGGAAAAGCAACUCUACCAGUCAGCAAAAGUUCACAAAUGAUAACAUUCACCUUUGAUAAUGGCACUGUUGUCACCCUUCGAACUUCAGGAACUGAACCAAAAAUUAAAUAUUACGCAGAAAUGUGUGCACAACCCACUCAAGAUAAUUGGAGUGAACUUAGGAGUACACUGAGUGAGAUGGUUGAUGGAAUUCUGCAAGAACUACUUCAGCCAGCAAAGCAUAAUUUAAUACCAAAACAAGAUUAGAUGGUAAAAUUAUUGAAUUAACGAACAAAAUUAGUAAGCACCUACCUUAUGCUCCAACAAGCUGAGGGCUUAGAAUCAACGAAGAUUUAGAAGAAGAAGAAAAAGACAAAAAACUUUCAAAAAUCUAAUCUCUUAUUACACCUUUACAGUUAUAUAUAUUUUAAAAUAUAUAUUGCUAAUUUGUUCUCAUUGUAUAUAUUUUUUUUAAAUAUAUUUUGCAAAUUCCUAAAAUAGAACAACUAAAAAUAUAAAAUUAAUUUUGCUGAAAAUUAUGUAUGUGUGUGUACAAAAUCUGAUAGUUACAUGGAAAUGUUGCAUUUAAUUAGAUUUUUAUGAUAUAAUCAAUAAAAUAUAUAUUAUUCUGAGUGUAGGUACUUAUUUAUAUAUAUUGUUGGAAGUCAAAAAAAAUAAAGAACAAAUUUUGUCUCUCAAAAUA